UAGCAGCUGCAUAAUAAAUGAUGGAGAGAAUCAUGUUAGGCAUGCCCACCUAACCUAACUUGAAUCAUGCGAAAGGGGAGCUAUUGGAAUUCAAAUAGACUUUCUAGUUCCCAGCAGUCGGCAGCAAUAGAAUGCUUUCAGGAAGAUGACAGAUGCAGGGGAAAGAUGCUGUUUUGCACUAUCUUGAUUUGUUACCGCAGCCAACUUAUUGGCAUGAUGGAGUGACAAGAAAAGCAGCUGGCAUGGAAGAUGAAAGGGAAGAUGUUCAAAAGAAAACAUUCACAAAAUGGGUAAACGCACAGUUUGCAAAGUUUGGUACGCAUCCUAUAGAAGACCUCUUCAAUGAUUUUCGCGAUGGACGAAGGCUUCUGGAGCUCCUGGAAGGUCUUACUGGCCAAAAACUUGCAAAAGAAAAGGGUUCUACAAGAGUCCAUGCCUUGAAUAAUGUCAAUAAAGCACUACAAGUUCUGCAGAAAAACAAUGUUGAUCUGGUGAAUAUUGGAAGCACAGAUAUUGUAGAUGGAAAUCAUAAACUAACCCUUGGAUUGAUUUGGAGUAUAAUUCUCCACUGGCAGGUCAAAAAUGUAAUGAAAAACAUAAUGGCUGGGUUGCAACAAACAAACAGUGAAAAGAUCUUGCUGAGCUGGGUCCGUCAAUCAACUCAGAACUAUCCACAGGUCAAUGUUAUUAAUUUCACCAAUAGCUGGUCUGAUGGCUUGGCUUUCAAUGCACUCAUCCAUAGUCACAGGCCAGAUCUGUUUGACUGGGAUAAUGUUGCUUGCCAACAGUCAGCCAUACAGAGAUUAGACCAUGCAUUCAACAUAGCAAAACGACAUUUGGGGAUUGAAAAACUCCUUGAUCCUGAAGAUGUUGCAACAGCUUAUCCUGAUAAAAAGUCCAUCUUGAUGUAUGUGACAUCACUUUUCCAAGUCCUGCCCCAGCAAGUUACACUUGAAGCCAUUCAGGAAGUGGAAACAUUGCCACGGCAAUCAAAGCACACUAGAGAAGAGCGUGUUCAGUUACCUCAACAGCGCUUUUUUCAACAAAUCAAAGUCAGUGUAGCACAGGGCCAUGUGCGCACCCCUUCACCUCCACCUAAACCUCGCUUCAAAAGCUAUUCGUAUACACAAGCUGCUUAUGUCAUGUCCCCUGAUCAAAAAGGGAGGAUGUUCCCUCCACAGCAGCACUUGGAAGUUCAUGAGCAAAAGUUAUAUGGCACGUCACCCAUGGACAUAGAAGUUGAUCUGGAAAGCUACCAAACUGCAUUAGAAGGAGUACUUUCAUGGCUUCUGACUGCUGAAAAUUCAUUGCAAGCACAAGGAGAUAUAUCCACUGAUGUAGAGGAAGUUAAAGAGCAGUUUCACACCCAUGAGGGUUUUAUGAUGGAAUUAACAGCCCACCAGGGACGUGUUGGUAAUGUUUUGCAAGUUGGCAGCCAACUUCUAUCUUUUGGGAAGCUUUCAGAAGAUGAAGAAAAUGAAAUACAAGAACAAAUGAAUCUUCUCAAUUCACGUUGGGAAAAUCUCAGGGUCACGAGCAUGGAGAAGCAAAGCAAUUUACAUCGAGUGUUAAUGGAGUUACAAAAUCAGCAGCUAAGCCAACUAACUGACUGGUUAGUUAAAACAGAAGAAAGGACAGAAAAGAUAGAUUCUGAGCCCCUGGGACCUGAUUUGGAGGACUUAAAGAGGCAGGUUGAAGAACAUAAGGCUCUUCAGGAAGAUUUAGAACAGGAACAAGUCAAGGUUAAUUCUCUCACUCACAUGGUUGUUGUAGUGGAUGAAGCUAGUGGAGACAAAGCUACAGCUGCCUUAGAACAACAACUUCAGCAUUUAGGAGACCGAUGGGCAGCCAUUUGCAGAUGGACAGAGGAACGUUGGUUUCUUCUACAAGAUAUACUUCGAAAAUGGCAACAAUUUACUGAAGAGCAGGGUCUCUUUGAUGCAUGGCUUGCUGAGAAGGAGGAUGCUGUGAACAAUAUUCAUACCACCGAUUUCAAAGAUCAGAAUGAAAUGUUGGAAAAUCUACAAAAGUUGGCUAUCUUGAAAGGAGAACUAGAGAUCAAGAGACAGUUGAUGGAUAAGCUGAACAUACUCAGCCAGGACCUCCUUUCAUCUGUGAAAAAUAAAGCAUUGUCUCAGAAGCUGGAAGGUUGGUUGCAAAAUGUUGCCCAGUGGUGGGAGAACCUGGCACAGAAGCUGGAGAACAGUUCUAAGCAGAUUUCACAAGCUGUUGCUACCUCUCAGACAUCACUAACACAGACAACAGUAAUGGAAACUGUAACUAUGGUGACCACAAGAGAACAAAUCCUGGUUAAGCAUGGUAAAGAGGAGCUUCCACCACCUCCACCCCAUAAGAAGAGACAAAUUGUUGUGGAUUCAGAAAUUAGAAAAAGAUUUGAUGUUGAUACAACAGAACUUCACAGUUGGAUGACCCGUUCAGAAGCUGUGCUCCAAAGUCCCGAGUUUGCAAUAUACAGAAAAGAAGGGAACCUAUCUGACCUUAGAGAAAGAGUUAAUGCCAUAGAACGAGAAAAGCCUGAGAAACACAGGAAGCUCCAAGAUGCCAGUAGAUCUGCAGAAGCCCUGGCGGAACAGAUGGUGAAUGAGGGGCUUAAUGCUGACAACAUCAAACAAGCCUCAGAACAGUUGAACAAUCGCUGGAUUGAGUUCUGUCAGUUGCUGAGUGAGAGACUGGCAUGGCUAGAGUACCAGAAUAACAUCAUUGCCUUCUACUCCCAGCUGCAGCAAUUGGAGCAGACAGUAAUUACUGCUGAAAACUGGCUGAAAGCACAACCUGCACCAGCAGCAGAUCCUGCUGCAGUAAAAACUCAGCUAGAGAAGUGCCAGGAUGAAGUUAUCCGCUUGUCAACUCUUCAACCUCAGAUUGAAAAGCUAAAGGUUCAGAGCAAAACACUGAAAGAGAAACAGCAAGGUCCAAUGUUUCUUGAAGCAGAUCUUGUUGCAUUUACUAACCACUUCAAUCAAGUUUAUGCUGAUGUACAAGCUAGAAAAAAGCUUCUACAAACAACUUUUGAUAGUUUACCACCUGUGCAGUAUAAGGAAACUAUGAAUACCAUCCUCUUGCGGAUUCAGCAGUCAGAAGUGAAACUCUCCAUACCUCAGGUUACUGUUACAGAAUAUGAAAUCAUGGAGCAAAGGCUCAGGGAACUAAAGGCUUUGCAAAAUUCCUUGCAAGAGCAACAAGAUGGACUAAACUAUUUAAGCACAACCAUGGAAGAGAUGUGUAGGAAAGCUCCUUUAGAAGUCAGUAGAAAAUAUAGAUCAGAAAUUGAAGGAAUUGUUGGCCGUUGGAAGAACUUAUCAGCUCAGCUCGUGGACAACUGCCAAAAACUUGAGGAGCAAAUGACUAAAUUGCAGCAAUUUCAGAAUGACACUAAAACCCUGAAGAAAUGGAUGUCUGAAGUGGAUGUUUUUCUAAGAGAAGAGUGGCCUGCCCUUGGUGAUUCAGAAGCACUUGAAAAACAGCUGGAGCAGUGUGCAGCUCUCGUUAAUGAUAUCCAGACAAUCCAGCCCAGUUUGAACAGUGUUAAUGAGAUUGGGAAGAAGAUGAAGAAUGAAGCCGAGCCAGAGUUUGCUUCCAGAAUGCAGACUGAACUAAAAACACUUAAUAGUCAAUGGGAUCACAUUUGCGAACAGGCAUAUGCUAAGAAGGCAGCACUAAAAAAUGGUUUGGAUAAGACAGUGAGUCUCAGAAAGGAUUUGUCAGAAAUGCAUGAAUGGAUUACACAAGCAGAAGAAGAAUACCUUGAGAGAGAUUUCGAGUAUAAGACUCCAGAUGAAUUACAGAAAGCUGUUGAGGAACUGAAGAGAGCAAAAGAAGAAGCUGUACAGAAAGAGGUGAAAGUGAAGCUUCUCACAGACUCUGUGAACAAUUUUAUAGCAAGGGCUCCACCUGCAGCUCAUGAGGCCUUAAAAAAGGAACUUGAUGUUCUAACUAGCAGCUACCAGAGACUUUGCAGCAGGCUGGAUGGGAAGUGUAAAACACUGGAGGAGGUAUGGGCAUGCUGGCGUGAAUUAUUAUUGUAUUUGGAUAUUGAAAGCAAGUGGUUAAAUGAGAUGGAAUCAAAACUCAAGGCAACUGAAAAUAUUCAAGAAGGCACAGAAGAGAUCUCAGAGGCGUUAAAUUCUCUGGAAACAUUAAUGCAGCACCCAGAAGAUAACCGCAAUCAAAUUCGUGAACUGGCACAGACUUUAACUGAUGGUGGUGUUUUGGAUGAAUUGAUCAAUGAGAAACUGGAGAAAUUCAAUACUCGGUGGGAAGAGCUGCAGCAGGAGGCUGUGAGAAGACAAAAGAUUCUUGAACAAAGUAUCCACUCUGCCCAGGAGAUUGACAAAACCCUUCAGUUAAUCCAAGAGUCCCUGACUUUCUUUGAUCGACAGUUAGCAGGUUACAUUGCAGACAGAAUUGAUGCAGCACAAGUACCUCAAGAGGCACAGAAAAUUCAAUCAGAGUUGACAAGCCAUGAGAUUAGCCUGGAUGAAAUGAAAAAACGGAACCAGGGUAAAGAUGCUACCAAAAAAAUAUUUACCCAAAUUGAUACUGCACAGAAAAAACUACAAGAUGUUUCCAUAAAGUUUCGCUUGUUCCAAAAGCCAGCCAAUUUUGAGCAGCGCUUACAGGAAUGUAAACGAAUUUUAGAUGAGGUAAAAUUGCAAGUGCCAAAAUUGGAACUGAGAAGUGUUGAGCAGGAAGCAGUGCAGUCACAGCUGGAUUACUGUAUGAAAUUGUAUAAGACACUUAGUGAAGUGAAAUCUGAAGUGGAAACAGUGAUAAAAACUGGCCGUCAAAUUGUUCAGAAACAACAAACUGAGAAUCCAAAGGAACUGGAUGAAAGACUUACAACUUUGAAAUUGCAGUACAAUGAUCUGGGUGCCAAGGUGACAGAAAAAAAGCAAGAACUAGAGAAAUGUUUGAAAUUAUCUCGGAAGCUGAGAAAGGAAAUGAAUACUCUGACAGAAUGGCUGGCAGUGACAGAUUCGGAACUGACAAAGAGAUCAGCAGUAGAAGGCAUGCCUAUCAAUUUAGAUGCUGAAGUCGCCUGGAGCAAGGCAAUACAGAAAGAGAUAGAGAAACGUCAGCUUCAACUGAAGAAUAUUACUGAUUUAGGAGAUGGACUGAAGAAUGUGCUUAAAGGGAAGGAGAGCUUAGUGAAUGAUAAACUCAGUCUUCUGAGCAGCAACUGGAUAGCAGUUACUUCGCGAGCUGAGGAAUGGUUUAACUUGUUGCUGGCAUAUCAGAAACACAUGGAGACUUUUGAUCAGAAUGUUGCUAAUAUCACUACCUGGAUGUAUCGGGCAGAAAUACUCUUGGAUGAAUCUGAAACCCAGUUACCUCAGCAAAAGGAAGAAAUUAUGAAGCGCUUAAAGACUGAGCUGAAUGAUAUGCGUCCAAAGGUGGACUCUGUGCGUGACCAGGCAGUAGACUUGAUGACAAACCGUGGAGAUCACUGCAGGAAAGUAAUAGAGCCUAAACUGACAGAGCUCAACCAACGAUUUGCAACCAUUUCACAAAGAAUUAAAAGUGAAAAGCCCUUCAUUCCUUUGAAGGAACUGGAGCAAUUUGACUUCGAUAUACAAAAAUUGCUUGAACCACUGGAGGCUGAAAUUCAACAGGGGGUUAACCUGAAAGAGGAAGACUUCAAUAAAGAUAUGAGUGAAGAUAAUGAGGGUCCUGUAAAAGAACUGCUUCAGCGAGGGGAUGCUCUUCAACAGACAAUCACUGAUGAAAGAAAAAGAGAAGAAAUAAAAACUAAACAACAACAACUGCAGACUAAACACAAUGCUCUCAAGGAUCUGAGAUCUCAAAGAAGAAAAAAAGCUUUGGAAAUUUCUCAUCAGUGGUAUCAGUAUAAGAGACAGGCUGAUGAUCUGCUGAAGUGGCUGGAUGAUAUUGAGAAAAAAUUAGCAAACCUUCCAGAUCCUCAAGAUGAGCAGAAGCUCAAGGAAAUUGACCGAGAAUUGGAGAAGAAGAAAGAAGACCUGAAUGCGGUACAGAGGCAAGCUGAUCGCUUGUCUAAGGAUGGGGCUGCAAAAGCAGUGGAACCAACCCUGAUACAGCUCAGCAAGCGCUGGCGAGAUAUUGAGAGCAAAUUUGCUCAGUUUCGAAGACUCAACUAUGCACAAAUUCAAACUGUUUAUGAGGAGACAACUGUUGCAAUGACAGAAGGUGUGACUAUGGAAACUUCGUAUGUGCCUUCUGCAUACCUGGCAGAGAUCCUUCGGCUUCUACGAGCUUUAUCUAACAUGGAAGACAUCCUUAAUUCUCCUAGUCUGCAGGGUAGGGACUGUGAGGAUCUUGGCAGACAAGAAGAAUGCCUCAAGAAAAUCAAAGAUAGCCUUGGGAGACACUCAGGUCAGAUUGAAGUCGUUCACUGUAAGAAGACAGCGGUUAUGAAAAGUGCCACACCUGCAGAAGCUGCAAGGAUACAGGAAAAACUGACUCAGCUUUCAUAUCAGUGGGAUAAAGUUAACCAGAUGUAUCGAGAACUUCAAGCGCGGUUUGACAGGUCAGUGGAGAAGUGGAGAAAUUUCCACCGUGGCAUGAAGAAUUUUAACCUCUGGCUAACUGAGGCAGAACAGAAUUUAGCUAAAAUACGCACAGAAUCGGAAGAUCCUGAUAUUUCCAAAACCAAGGAAAACCUCAAGGACCUCCAGGAUGGCAUUGAAAAACAGCAACCUGUUGUCAGAACAUUGAACAUCACUGGAGAGGAUAUUAUUGAGCAGUCAUCCACAGCAGAUGCCAGUGUAUUGAAGGAAAAACUGGGGACCCUGAAUUUUCGGUGGCAGGAAGUCUGCAAACAAGUAGCAGAAAGCAAGAAAAGACUUGAGCAAGAACAAAAUCUCCUGACAGAAUUGCAGUACGACUUAAGCAAGUUUCUUUUAUGGUUAGACGAAGCAAGUAGUGUCACUGGUAUCCCUCUUGAACCAGGAAAUGAAUUCCAGUUGAAAGAUACUCUUCAAAAAGUGAAGUUAAAAGUGGAAGAACUGCCUCUACACAAGGGAAUACUGAAACGAUUAAAUGAAACUGGAGGAAAAGCUCUUGGUAGUGCAUCACUGAACCCUGAAGUAAAACAUAAGCUUGACACCAGACUCAAGGAAGCUAACCAUCGCUGGAUAAAGGUAUCCAAAGAGCUGCCUGAGAAACAGAAAGAAAUAGAACAUCUGCUAAAUAACUUGGUCCAGUUUGAACAACAAUUAAACCAACUAAGACUGUGGCUUUCCCCUAUCAAAGAUCAAUUGGAACUUUACAAUAAAGUGGACCAACCUGGAGCUUUUGAUAUUAAGGACAUUGAAGCAGUUGUGAAAGCUAAGCAGCCGGAUGUGGAAGGGAUUUUGUCUAAAGGGCAUCAUUUGUACAGGGAAAAACCAGUCACUCAACCAGUAACGAGAAAAUUAGAAGAACUGAAUACUGACUGGAACACAGUAAACCAUUUAAUAUACUUGCUGAAAGGAAAACCAGUUGUGGGACCCACAGGAAUUGUGUCUUCUGCUGUUGUAACUUCUCCUGGUCAAGCUGUUACUGUGGUUACACAAACUGCAGUAACCAAGGAAACCACCAUCUCCAAACAAGAAAUGCCAUCUUCUUUGCUUCUAGAGGUGCCUGCACUGGCUGAAUUCAAUAAGGCCUGGGCAGAUCUCACGGACUGGCUUUCUCUAUUGGAUCGAGUGAUAAAAUCCCAAAUAGUGACUGUGGGUGAUCUUGAUGAAAUCAAUGACAUGAUCAUCAAACAAAAGGCAACACUACAGGACUUGGAACAAAGGCGGCCACAGCUGGAGGAAUUAGUAACAGCAGCACAGAAUCUGAAAAACAAAACUAGCAAUCAAGAGGCUCGAACAGUCAUUACUGAUCGAAUUGAAAAGAUACAGAACCAGUGGGAUGAAGUACACGGGCACCUUCAGAGCAGAAGACAGCAAUUACAUGAAAUGCUAAAAGAUUCAGCACAAUGGUUGGAAGCUAAGCAAGAAGCUGAGCAAGUUCUAGAAUGUGCCAAAGCCAGACUUGAGUCAUGGAAGGAGAUUUCUUAUACUGUGGAAGGACUGAAAAAGCAGAAUGCUGAACUCAAGCAAUUUGCAAAAGAACUGCGGCAAUGGCAUAUAAAUGUGGAUGUGGCAAAUGAUUUAGCUCUUAAACUUCUCCGGGAUUACUCAACAGAUGACACCAGAAAAGUAGAAUUUAUGACCAAUAACAUUAAUGAUGCCUGGGCCACCAUUAAUAAGAGAGUUAGUGAUCGAGAGGCUGCAUUAGAAGCAGCCUUAAGGUUGCUGCAACAGUUCUACCUGGAUUUGGAAAAGUUCCUUGCCUGGCUUACGGAAGCAGAAACCACUGCCAAUGUCCUGCAGGAUGCUACACGCAAAGAGAGAAUACUGGAGGAUGCCCAAGGGGUCCGAGAGCUGAUGAAACAGUGGCAGGAACUCCAGAAAGAAAUUGAAACACACAAUGACAUCUUCCACAGCCUGGAUGAAAAUGGACAGAAAAUCUUGAGAUCUCUGGAAGGUUCUGAUGAUGCAACCUUGCUGCAGAGACGGCUGGAUAACAUGAACUUCAGAUGGAGUGAACUUCGGAAAAAAUCUCUCAAUAUUAGGUCUCAUCUAGAAGCCAGUUCUGACCAGUGGAGACGAUUACACCUUUCCCUCCAGGAACUUCUAGCAUGGCUGCAGUUGAAAGAAGAUGAGUUAAAACGACAGGCACCUAUUGGUGGAGAUCUUCCCACAGUACAAAAGCAGAAUGAUACACACAGGGCAUUUAAGAGGGAAUUUAAAACUAAAGAGCCUGUUAUCCUAAGUGCACUGGAGACAGUACGAAUAUUCCUAGCAGAACAGCCCCUGGAGGGCCUGGAAAAACUCUACCAGGAACCUAGAGAGCUGCCUCUAGAGGAAAAGGCCCAGAAUGUCAGUCGACUCCUGAGAAGGCAGGCAGAUGAAGUAAAAACAGAAUGGGAUAAACUGAAUCAACAAUCUUCUGACUGGCAAAAGAAGAUAGAUGAGGCCCUUGAAAGACUGCAGGAGCUUCAGGAAGCAAUGGAUGACCUGGACCUGAAGCUGCGCCAGGCUGAAGCUAUCAAGGGGUCUUGGCAGCCAGUUGGGGAUUUGCUGAUUGACUCUCUCCAAGAUCACCUAGAAAAACUGAAGGUUUAUCAAACAGAAAUUGCACCUCUUAAAGAGAAUGUGAACAACGUUAAUGACCAAGCUCAUCAAUUUACCUCAUCUGAGAUCCAGCUGUCCCCAUAUAUGCUGAAACGGCUAGAAGACUUGAACACUAGAUGGAAACUCCUACAGGUGGCUAUUGAUGAACGUAUCAGGCAGCUGCAUGAGGCCCACCGGGAUUUUGGCCCGACUUCUCAGCACUUCCUUUCAACUUCUGUCCAGGGCCCCUGGGAGAGGGCAGUAUCUCCAAACAAAGUGCCCUACUACAUCAAUCAUGAGACGCAAACCACCUGCUGGGAUCAUCCUAAAAUGACUGAGCUCUACCAGUCUUUAGCUGACCUGAACAAUGUAAGAUUCUCAGCCUACAGAACUGCCAUGAAGCUCCGAAGACUUCAGAAAGCCCUCUGUUUGGACCUUCUGAGUCUGUCUGCCGCAUGUGAUGCCUUGGACCAGCACAACCUCAAACAGAAUGACCAGCCGAUGGAUAUACUGCAAAUUAUUAACUGCUUGACUACCAUUUAUGAUCGACUGGAACAAGAGCACAAUAACCUGGUCAACGUCCCUCUCUGCGUAGAUAUGUGCCUCAACUGGCUUUUGAAUGUUUAUGACACGGGUCGAACAGGAAGGAUCCGAGUCUUGUCUUUCAAAACUGGUGUAAUUUCUCUGUGUAAAGCACAUUUGGAAGAUAAGUACAGAUAUCUGUUCAAGCAAGUAGCCAGUCCCACUGGAUUCUGUGAUCAGCGUCGUCUGGGCCUCCUCCUGCAUGAUUCAAUCCAGAUCCCCCGCCAGCUGGGUGAAGUUGCUUCUUUUGGUGGCAGUAACAUUGAACCCAGUGUUAGGAGCUGUUUCCAGUUUGCCAAUAACAAACCUGAAAUUGAGGCAGCCUUGUUUCUAGAUUGGAUGAGACUCGAACCACAGUCCAUGGUAUGGUUGCCAGUAUUACAUAGGGUGGCUGCUGCUGAAACCGCCAAACACCAAGCCAAGUGCAACAUCUGCAAGGAGUGUCCAAUUAUUGGAUUCAGGUAUAGAAGUUUAAAGCAUUUUAAUUAUGACAUCUGCCAAAGUUGCUUCUUUUCUGGUCGAGUUGCAAAAGGUCAUAAGAUACACUACCCAAUGGUAGAAUACUGUACACCGACUACUUCAGGAGAAGAUGUUCGUGAUUUUGCCAAGGUAUUGAAAAACAAAUUCCGAACAAAAAGAUAUUUUGCAAAGCAUCCACGAAUGGGCUAUCUGCCUGUACAAACAGUAUUGGAGGGAGACAACAUGGAAACUCCUGUUACUCUGAUCAACUUCUGGCCAGUAGAUUCUGCGCCUGCCUCGUCCCCUCAGCUAUCACAUGACGAUACUCAUUCACGCAUUGAACAUUAUGCUAGCAGGCUAGCAGAAAUGGAGAACACAAAUGGAACAUACCUGAAUGAUAGCAUUUCUCCUAAUGAGAGCAUUGAUGAUGAGCAUUUAUUAAUCCAGCACUACUGCCAAAGCUUGAACCAGGAAUCGCCACUCAGCCAGCCUAGAAGUCCUGCCCAGAUUCUGAUUUCUUUGGAAAGUGAAGAAAGAGGUGAGCUAGAAAGAAUCCUAGCAGACCUGGAGGAAGAAAACAGAAACCUGCAAGCUGAAUAUGACCGGCUGAAGCAACAGCACGAUCACAAAGGACUGUCUCCACUGCCAUCCCCACCUGAGAUGAUGCCCAUUUCCCCCCAGAGUCCCCGAGAUGCUGAACUCAUUGCAGAAGCCAAGCUGCUUCGUCAGCACAAAGGCCGCCUAGAAGCCAGGAUGCAGAUCUUGGAGGAUCAUAACAAACAGCUGGAAUCGCAGUUGCACAGGUUGAGGCAGCUUCUGGAACAGCCUCAAGUGGAUUCCAAGGUGAAUGGUACAGCUCAGUCUUCUCCUCCUACCUCAUUACAGAGGUCAGAUAGUAAUCAGCCAAGGCUUCUCCGUGUAGUUGGCAGUCAAACUUCAGAAUCCAUGGGUGAGGAUGAUUUGCUCAGCCCUCCCCAGGACACAAGCACAGGGUUGGAAGAGGUCAUGGAACAGCUCAACAGUUCCUUCCCAAGUACAAGAGGAAGAAAUGCUCCUGGAAAGCCAGUGAGAGAGGCCACAAUGUAGGCAGCCUUUUCCACAUGGCGGAUGACUUGGGCCGAGCAAUGGAAACCUUAGUUACAGUGAUGACUGAUGACAAGGUGUUAGAAUAGCAAGAUGCAUUUUACAACUUCAGGCGUCCCCGCAUGGUUUUUAUAAUAUUCAUAUGACAAAGGAUUAGACUGUAAGAGUUUACAAGAAAACAAAUCUAUAUUUUUGUGAAGGGUAGUGGUACUAUACUGUAGAUUUCAGUAGUUUCUUAAGUCUGUUAUUGUUUUGUUAACAAUGGCAGGUUUUACACGUCUAUGCAAUUGUACAAAAAAAGAAAAAUACAUGUAAAAUCUUGAUAGCUAAAUAACUUGCCAUUUCUUUAUAUGGAACGCAUUUUGGGUUGUUUAAAAAUUUAUAACAAUUAUAAAGAAAGAUUGUAAACAAAGUGUGCUUUAUUAAAAAAAAAUUGUUUCUAUAAAUCCCUUGAAAAAACAAAAAAAAUGAGGCAGUGCAUUUGUUUAGCAUCACUUUUGCUCUGUAAUUGUACCAGACAGAUAUUCAUGUUCUGUGUUCUUUUCCUUAUAUAUCAAAGAGAGAGUUUCUGCAACACCAAAACAAUUAACUGACAUGUCUCAUUAUUUGUGUCUGACUAGCAGCUGGCUUAAAAAAAAAAGUCUUGUUGUGAACUUCUAGUUGAGGUUACUUUUCCACCUCCUUCCAAGUAGAAUGAAGUCUUAUUGGAUUUAUCCAGCUAGUUGGCAAUAAUACAAAAGAGCACAUUACAUGACAAUGUUAUCUUCAGAGCUUGCAAAAAUAAAAAUAAAAAUUGAAUCAGUAUUCUAUGUUCCUGCUGUUUCCUCCACUGCUAUGAACCCAAAUGUUGUUAAUAAAUACAAAAUAAGAAUUGCCUUACCGGAUUACUCCUUUGGACUUUAUUGUCCGGUAUCUGCCUCUAGCACUGGCCAGCACCUUAAUGCUUCAAAAUAGAAGCCCAAUUUGCUUUCAUGUCCUGUAAUGCCACCCUUGAGAGAGACCCUGCAUCUAUGCAUGUGGGGCUUGGAAAAAAUAUCUCCUCCUUUCUACAGGCAGUGAUCUGCUUCCAGCCUGAAGCAUGAGUUGGAUUGGUCAUUACUAUUAUUUAGAUUUUUAUAACAGUGUUAAUAAACAUUGAAAAUUGCCCAGUCUCUUAAAAAGAAGACCACUAUAAAUCUGCCUUACUUCAAAUUUGAAGGAGGCACAGCAUUUCAAUCAAGCAACAGGAAACAGUGUGGAGUAAUCCUAUUGGCUCCUGUCCAUUGAGGAGCUGAAAGCAGCCACACUGCUUCAUGAAUUAGUCAUCCAAGGCAACAGUUCCCAGAAACUUUUUGCUCCCUGUCUCUUUCUAUAAGUAAUAUCGCACAAUUAACAAUGACUCAGGAGAGGGAUAACAGAAAAUAGAUGUUCAAUAACAGCUCCUCAGGUUUACUACUUUAGAAUUUUGAGGUGCUGUUAACAAAAGCUUUACCAUUUCAUUUUCUUCCAUUAACCUUUAAUUCCAUUGACACACAAUAGAAUUUUACCAUCUAAUUCAUAUUAAUAUUUUGCAAGAAUAAAAUCUGUUACCUCUUCUUGUACGAAAUGUAAUUAAACUCGAAGAAAAAAAUUAUUUUAUUUUUAAUGGUAGUUAACAUUAAACAUGGGUAGUCAUGUUAUUUCUACCUCACUUUGGUUUUGUGGUGUUCCUGACAAUUAUGUACAGAAGAUAUUACAUCAUCACCACUUGUCCAUUGUGUGAACAGAUCUUAUCAUUUUAACAACAAUAAAUUUAAAACAAGAAGAA